GGCGCGAGCUAGAGCGUGAGCAGGGCCGGAGCCAGCCUGGUAGCCCGCCUAGCCAAGAGCAGCUAGCGGAGCGCCUGGGUGGCGGUGGCGGCUGCGGUGCGAUGGCUCCCGCCGCCGACCGGAAGGGCUACUGGGGCCCCACGACCUCCACGCUGGACUGGUGCGAGGAGAACUACGCCGUGACCUGGUACAUCGCCGAGUUCUGGAAUACAGUGAGUAACCUGAUUAUGAUCAUACCUCCAAUUUUUGGUGCAAUUCAGAGUAUUAGAGAUGGUCUGGAGAAACGGUACGUUGCUUCUUAUUUAGCACUCACAGUGGUAGGAAUGGGAUCCUGGUGCUUCCACAUGACUCUGAAAUAUGAAAUGCAGCUGCUGGAUGAACUCCCAAUGAUUUACAGCUGUUGCAUAUUUGUCUACUGCAUGUUUGAAUGUUUCAAGGUCAAGAACUCAGUAAACUACCAUCUGCUUUUUACAUUAAUUCUAUUCAGUUUAAUAGUUACCACAGUUUACCUUAAGGUAAAAGAGCCUAUAUUCCAUCAGGUCAUGUAUGGAAUGUUGGUCUUCACAUUAGUAGUUCGAUCUAUUUAUAUUGUUACAUGGGUUUAUCCAUGGCUUAGAGGACUGGGUUAUACAUCCUUGGGUAUAUUUUUAUUAGGAUUUUUAUUUUGGAAUAUAGAUAACAUCUUUUGUGAGUCACUAAGGAACUUUCGAAAGAGGGUACCACCUAUCAUAGGUAUCGCCACACAAUUUCAUGCGUGGUGGCAUAUAUUAACUGGCCUUGGUUCUUAUCUUCACAUCCUGUUCAGUUUAUAUACAAGAACACUUUAUCUGAGAUACAGGCCAAAAGUGAAGUUUCUCUUUGGAAUCUGGCCAGUGAUCCUGUUUGAGCCUCUCAGGAAGCACUGAUGAAUUAUUCCACCAAGAAAACAAAACAACACCUGCCAAAGGCCUGGCAGAAUAAAUAAAGAAAUCCUUAAAGAUCUACACGUUUAAAUAAAUCAUAACCAUUGCAGCAAAGGAGGGACUUUCUUACUAAUGCUGCCAGCCACACAGAGAAUGAGGAACGGGACCUGCUGCGCAUUUAGCUCGUGGCUAUAUCUCAUUUGUCCUCCUCCUCCUCCUUUUACCCUAAAAUGUUGAUAAAGAACAGAUAUGUAUAUGUAUCUAUUCAAAUGCUGAAAAAAAUUGGGCUUUUCUUAACAGGUUAACAGUUUGUGCUGGUUAUAGGAAAUUAACCUUUUUCUUUUAUGACAAGGGUUGCAUGUGAAUUAUAUAUUUCUUAAUAUUUGAUUAAAUAAUGAAAUUGGUCAGCUAAGGACUAGCAAAACCUUAUAUCCAAAUGGUCAGCCAUGAACGAGCACCCAGCUGUGUCAGUUUUGAUUUAUAUUGUUUUCUUAUUAACCUUAUGGAUGAUUUUCCAAGGUAAAAACAGAGCUAGCUGUGGGAUUCUGUGUCGUUCUUCACUGUCUGUCCCAAUGCUAGUCAGAGUGACCUGCCACUGGUCCUAUACUUGUCAUAUCCCAGGAUUUAUGGUGGGCUCUGUGGCAUCCAUUUUUGGUGUGGCCACAGCCAGGCAGAGUGGAUGGGUCAUCUUGCAACCUUCUGAAGGUCCACGAGGACACCUAUAGAAUGUUUCCUUUGAUCUUUGCCAGUCUUUAAGUUGUCACAUUUUUAUGGCUAGGCAAACAUAAUCGGUGGUCUGUCCUUCCCAUAUUCCACCCUUCUAACAUAACUUGUUUGAAGUUAUCAGAGAAUGUCAUUACACUCUGAUUUUUUUUUAACUAUGCAGUAUUUUCCAGUUCUCAAAGAGGUCAUGAUUAUGCCCUGGGAGGCAUGUCAGGUUAACUAGAGCUAAAAGGAUCAGGAUCCUAUUUGCAUAAAGCUUAUUAAAAUACCUGCUCCUUUUUUUUUUUUUUUUUGAAGGAAACAGAUAUAAGGGUUGAGAAUAGCUGUAACUAACUUGUAAAUUCCAUAACACACAAAAAUUAGGGUGCUAAGAAAUGAUAGUCAAAUCUCAUCUUAAGGUAACCAAUUCUAAUUUUCAUUUGAAUACAUAAAAGCUAAAAUCAUUUUUCACAAACAUAACAUAAAAACCUGAUUUGACUCCUUUGCUCAUUUAUCACCAUAUUUGUAGUACUGCACUAUUUAGCAUUUUGCAACUUUUUCUUUGCUUUAUAAGUUAUUAUAAAAUCCAGAUUGUUUUUACCACAUGGUAACAUUACCCAAGAUUAAAUCCUGAGCUACAGCUUCAAAAGGAAAAUCAUUUUUUCCAUAUGCAAAGAUGGUAAACACUUCUGUCAUUUUUCCAGUAUUCAGUAAGUAGCCUUGGUACAAAUAUAAAACCAAAAAAUAUUCUGUUGUUUUUCUUUACCUAUUGGCCUCAGUUUUAGCCAAAGUGUUACUUUCUUUCCCUUAGCAUGCCAAUAUGCCAUUAGGAUGAUCCUUUUGCCUGCUUUUAUGGUCCUCUAGCAAGGAAAGCAUUUAGCAAAACAUUAAUCUAAGGUAACUCUGGUUCUGCCUUAGGAGGAUAUGGAAUAGUUUCAAUACACAGGCCCAUAAGACUGUUUUUUCUUUUGCCCCAAGAUUCUGACUUCUAGCUACAUUUCAUCUGGGCAAUCAGCCAUUGUACAUUUUUUAAUUCAUUCACUUUUUUCACACCAUUAUCAUCUUACACUUUUCAGUCAGACACUUCUGCAUAAAGAAUCUGUAUACAGUAUAGGAACAAAGGUACAUCCUUCAAGAUAAUGCUGCUAAACAUUGUAAGACUAAGGUUCUACAGUGUCAAAGUCAGGUUUAAGGUACAGAGAACACACCGUGAUUCUGUGGCCAUUUAGAGCAAUUUGCAGAAUGAGUGAUUCAGCCACCACCACGAGUGGUCACUUGUUGAAUAAAGUUGUCUAGCAUUGCAUUAGAGAGUCAUUUGUACCCCAGCGUGACCUAUAAACUGUGGCCAGUUUUUCAAAGACCCUUGUUUCUGUUGUGAGAACAGACAGCACGAAAGCUCCACAUAAAACAUUUUAAGUGUGUUGAAACAGAGAGCUGAGAGGAGAGCCAGGCUCCUUAAUUUUCCAAGUCACCUGUGCCUCACACCUGGCUUACUUGUUAGCAACUAAGUAACACACUCAAGACUUUGUAUCCAUGCCACAUUGUACGGAAAUCACUGGUGACCUAUAGGAUAUUGCUAAACCUUUAUUUCAAUGCUUUAUUUUUUUUUUCCUCUAGGAUUCUGGGUGGACAUUACAGAUUUGGAUUCCUACCCAAUCCCUUCCCUUUUUCUUGGAAAACUUCAUGUUAAUUAGAGUACACAAAAAGCCUAUUUCCUACUGUGCAAAUAAUGGUUUGUUUGCACAUUACCUGAUGUGAAAGGUGCUCAUCUGUGAGCCCUAUAGCCAAGGGCAAAAAAACAAAUAUUUUCAAAAAUAUUACUUUGUAAGGAUGUGAAAGAAUCAAUUUGCUUUGAAUAUCCUUCUUAUGCCCUAUUAUUACUCUGGAAAACUGACAGCGAUUUUACUUUUUUCUUUUGAAAAAAAAGAUAGGUGAAAGGUGGUUGUUAAUCGGGUCACUCUACCAGCCCCCCUCUACCUUGCUGCUUCCAUAAAACAUCCCCACCACCUGACAUGAUCAUUUUUAUCCCUGUGAUAUUAUACACAUUGAUAAUUAAUAUGAGAAACAUUUGAUUUUUAAUAAUCCGCAAGUGAGAACCCAAAUAGUGGUAUUUGGUUUGGCAGAAUUAGAUAAAAUACUAUGGUUUAUCCGUAAUGCAGAAUUUGAGGACAGUAAAUUUGAGCUUUCCUUACCCUACGAAGGAUUGUAUUAUAAUAAGGAAAGAAGGUGUAAGUCAAAGAAAAUUAAGAGACCAAAAACUUCAAGUAUACAAUGUAUGAAAAUCUUGAUCCAUCUGACUGGAAAAUUUCAGUGCCUAUAAAAAUUAAGUUCUAUUAUAAUGUCAGCCAAUUCUGAAUUUAGCCAAUGCCCCUAAAAGUGUCUAAUGAUUUAGUAUAAAGUUUUCUUAUGUGUCCUAUGAGUUUGAUAUUAUUUUGCUCUUGAAAACAAUUAUUUGUCGCCAAAUUUGACAGUUUUAACUAUCAACUCCAUGUUUAUAUGAUAUGAAAUUCUCUGGAACUGUGGUUUAUGAUGUGCUACUGAAUGAGCAUUUAUGUAAAACUGAUGUUUCAAAGAGAACCAGUUACAAUUGGAAUUUACAGCUGUGUGGCUAUUUGCAGAUCUACCUCUGUCUGACAUUUUGUCUCAUGUCAAUGCUAUAAUACAAUUCGAUCACUUCAUCUUGUC